AUGUCUGAUCUUCGAAUAAUCACAGCGGAAGAAGUUGCUCAACAUAGUGACGAGGAUUCUUGUUGGAUAAUUCUCCAUGGAAAAGUCUAUGAUGUCACUAAAUUCCUCGAAGAACAUCCAGGAGGUGCCGAAGUGAUCACUCAGUUGGCUGGACUCGAUUCAACAACCGAAUUCGAUGAUGUUGGCCACUCGAAGGAUGCAAUGGAAAUGGCAAAGGAGUAUCUCAUCGGACAGCUACCAGAAUCUGAGAUUCCAGAAGUUCAACCAGCGGCAGCUCCAGCUCCAGUUACAAUCAAAAAGGGUCCAUCUGCAUUUUCCCAGUUUUUGAGCUCUCCCGCAUUUGCAAAUAUUGCGAUUCCAACGACGAUGGGAAUCGGAAUCUAUGUGAUUUAUAAAUGUGUGACUAGAUCCCAAUUGGUUACUGUCAAUUGA